AUGGCUUAUUUUCUCUUAUAUGUCGACGAUAUUGUUCUUACAAACACCUCACCCGAGUUAAUUCAACAGAUCAUGACUACCCUAGCUGGCGAAUUCUCCAUGAUUGAUUUGGGACCUCUUAAUUAUUUUCUUGGUAUUGCUGUGACUCGUGAUCAAAUGGGUAUGUUCUUGUCUCAAAAGAAAUAUGACUUAGAGAUUCUUGAGAAGGCUCACAUGCUGAACUGUAAACCUACACGCACUCCAACCGAUGCCUCCUCCAAGUUAUCUGCUUCCGGACCCCCUAUUUGUCUCUUUAUGCAUGAUCAUCAUGAACCUCAUCUCAAUGAGCUUAAACGUAUUCUUCACUACAUUCGUGGUACAUCCUCUUUCGGUAUUCAGUUGUAUGUAUCAUCUUCUCAACAAUUAGUUGCCUAUUCUGAUGCGGAUUGGGCUAGGUGUCCGGAUUCCCGGCGGUCUACUUCUGGUUUCUGUAUUUUCUUGGGUCAGAAUUUGGUAUCUUGGUCCUCUAAACGACAGUCCACUGUCUCUCGUUCAAGUGUUGUGGCGGAAUAUCAUGGGGUUGCAAAUGUUGUGGGAGAAACUUCUUAA